CCCGAUUUUCAUCAAAAUUCAUUUCUUUUAAUCGUGUUAUUGUCGUGGAGAUCCUAAAGAAGGAUCAUGUAAGAAAAGGAUAUUCUUCAGGAGUAAUGAAAAAUAUUUUUUGAAUGGCUGCAAGUUUAAGGCUGCAAUUUAAACAUAAUAUUGAAACAUUUCUCCGUAAAAUUUCCUAAACAUACUCAGAUUAUCAAGAAGUUAUAUAUUUGCAAAAUAUUUUGCAGGCUUUUCAUGCGAAAAUUCUCAUAAUAAGCGUAUACAAAUAUCCCACCACUUUUGAUGAGUACCAAUAGAUCUAUCAACAUCUUAUUCCUCUAAGCUGUCGCUUUAAUGUAAAUUUAUUUAUAAUUUUAAGCAAAAUACGAAUCUCUCCAUAUGCUAUAUAUUUCACAUGUUUAUUUACACAAAUCUGUGCAUUCGGGAAGUGUUUGCAGUGUGGAUUUUCGUCUAUAUACUAUAAAUAGGAAAGGAGAAAAGAAAUAAUCAUUUUGCGCAUGUGAAAAUUGGCUUUGAUUAGACAAGCCAAUUUGGCAAAAUUUGUAACAAUAAACAACAACUCGCGAGGAGAUUUUUCGAUGACGCUGCAGAAUUUGCGCGAACUUUCAGGGUUAAAUGUUGGCCAGUUUCUUUAUAAGUUAGGUGAGAACUUAUUUUGCUUCUUAUUUAUGCUAUUGUUGGAAGGUGAAAAUUAAACAGACUUUUUCACCAAAUCCCAAAAUUUAUAGACUUGCGGCAGCUUAAGUAAUCAAAUGGGUAAACAGUGAAGAACGUACAUAAAGUUAUUGCUGCGGCUUUUUUUUUGGCGGCGGCGAUUAUGCAAUAAAUUCGCUAUCAGAUCGCGGAAUUUUCCUCCCGACAGUUGCAGGGAGGUUAUCAGUGCAAUCGAAGUCUUGUACUUACAUUUCAUUGCAAGGAGAUGGAGUAUGUUGAAGGAGAAGAAAAAAACACGAGUUCCCUUAAAAAUAUCUCCGCAACAAAGUCAUGUUCAACAUUCAACAAGGUGGAAUAUCUUUGAUCUGCUUUGCGUGUGCGAUGAAUUGGAGUUUCAUAAAAUUUUAUAGACUUUCCGUAAAUCGGUUGAUCUACCGGUGUAUUUAGUUUUUUUUGCUCAUACUCUUGUUCUUUCUCUCUUGUAUUCCUCCCUCCUCUAUAUAUAAUAAACUAAAGUCCGAUUAGGAAAUGAGGGGAAAAAAAGCACAAAAUACAACAAGUAAAGAAUUUUUAUUUUUAGGCCACCAGACGGUGGAAUUUAUCUGAUUUUUGCUUAUUUUGAGGGUGAAAGGCGGAAAAGAAUUUCCGAUAUAGCACGGAGAUUAGGCCACAUUAAUACUUUUUGGAUGUUUAUUAAUUUCGAGAACCUCAAUAAACUUUGACUACUUUAUGGAUAAAACUCUGCCAAAAUUCAUUGACACCAUGCGAAAGAUAUUGCGGUUUUAAUCUCAAUAUCUCAAUCAAAGGGGUUAAUUACACAGCUGAAUUAUUAAAUUACUAAAUAAGUAAGAAGAAAGGAAAUUUGAAUUGAAUAAUAAUAAACCAUUUUUUUUUACUUUGAUUUAUUUAAGAGUAAAAUGCUAAAAUCUUGGUUAAAAUAUUAAAAUAUAUUUUUAAAUAUGUAUAAGGAUUGAUGUCCUGAGGAAGAUUAUUUCAGAAAACGAAACGUCACAAAAAGAGAAAAACAGAACUGAGACAAAUUUCCGCAUUUUCAUUUUUUUACAUUAAUUUCCAUUUAAUUUACUUGGGUUUUUUAAAAACAAAAUAGAUAUUGAAAAGGAGUUUAUUUAUUUUUAUACGGAAAAAUUUUUAGUUGUGAAAACAACCGGUGUAUGCGUGAUUUUGUAAUACUUUGAUAAAGAAAAGAGAAUUUUAAAAAAUCGCCUUAAAUACUUCUCAUUUUCAACUGAAAUAAAUUUAAAAAAAUCAGCAAAGAUUAAACGAUUGAAAAACAAAAUAGUAACGUCAUUAUUUGCAUUUUUGUAUCAAUUGCUAACCAGAUUUUCUCAGCUGAUCCCAGUGGUAAAUGAGAAGUCUUUUUGGGGAAUUCCUAUUCUUAUUUUUAAUAUUUGUGAUCAAUAUUAUACAUGUCCACGUUGUUUUCUCAAAUAACCCAUAUAAGAACCAAUAAAUUCAUUUUAAAAAAAAGAAGAGUUAAAAAAAAUAUUCAAUUUCAAUGUUUUUUUAAGCAUUGUGUGUAAAGUAUCAACUUGAAUCAUUGAUCAUAAAUUAAUUAAUUGACUUCCAUUGAAGGAAAAACAUUAAACAUUUUAUUGCCAAAAAAAAUACAAUUUUGUGUUUUUAAAAUAAAAAAAAGAACCCCUUUAAACACUUAAGAGUGGUUAUUAGCUUGUGAAAAAAAAACAGACUGGGUAUAAAUUGAAAAAGCAUUUUUCGCACCACAAGUACAUUUUAUAUUGCUAUUUAUAACCCAUUUUGUGAGUCAGAAAAGAGAUGGAAUAUAUCAUUAAAAGCGUGUUUGAUACGCCGACGCAGGCACGUGAUAAAAAUCAUUUAUUGAAAAUUUAAUAAAACCAUUCCCGUCUAUCAUUGUCUUGUAAAUUAAUUAACAUCACCUCCAUGUAGAGGUAAAUAAGCGUUAUACUAUGAGAGGUUCAUUUGAAUUAACUUUUGCAUAAACAUUCGUCACAAUAAUUCGCUUUAAUGAUAUUCCCAAUAUGGGAAGGAAGUAUACGAGGAUGGAUAAGUUUAUUAUUGAAUUCUCCUUUUUCUUAUGGCUUUUGAUUCAGCAAAAGCCAGGUAGUGAGAGAGAGAGAGAGCGGAAAAGUUCGUCAAUGGGUAAAUAAAUUAAAAUGGAUUUAAGAGAAUGCACGCUGUGUGCCAAAGGUGCAAUAAAAAAGAAAAUUCAAGCAGUUUCCGUCUUAGCCGGUUUCUAGAUACCUACAUAUAUGUUUCUCCUCUAAAGCCUCCCUUCCUCUCUUUCUCUCUGUCACACACUCUUUCAAAGCCUUUGCGUGGAUACUUUUAAUUGAAUUAUUGAGUUUCUCACGGAUCUCUUUCCACACCAGUUGAAAAAAAAAAGAAAAACUUGAGGAUGCGCACGGGAAGAAUUUAAAAGAAGAACCGUAUGUUGUGUGUUUAACACACAGGGUGGAUCCCUCAUAUCUGCAUUUAUCAAUGUUUUUGCAUAAAUAUGCGCAUAAAACACAAUGUUUAGCAACUAUUCAUUGGGGGUCUCUUUAAUAGACAGUGAGAGAGGUUUGCAUGCAAUACACUCUUACCGCAUUUCCUUGAUAUUUUUCUCGGAACUGAAUGCCAUUGAAUCACCCAGCUUUUCCCUUUCAACGCCCUCGUUCGUGCACGUGAUUACACCAAGUGGGUGUGGACCAUACAAUUGCACAAAAGGUGUUUUCACUGCGAUGAUCUCUGCACUUGAACAAACACGAUCAUGCCGCAUAAAAAUGGUAUGCCUACUAAUGAGGUUCACACCUCUAUUGCAAGAAGGAAAAUUGCUGAAAAAUAUUUGAAAAUUAGAUUUUCUUACACAAUUUUUGAUUGAGAAAAAUUUCUCAGGUGAAAUAUGGGCUGUUUAAAGACAAAUCUCGAAGAAUUUUUAAUAUGUUAUGAUACAUAAAUUCCACAUAAAAAUUAAUCUUUUCUACUCUUUUUUUUCUACCUCAAAGUUAUAAAGAUAUUAGAUGAACUAUCAAACAGAAAUUCACGUUGUUGGCUAUGCUAUGCUAUGCUGUAACAUUGAUGCAUUUUUCUGCAAUCGUUGAUCGUUUGUUGAAAUUCAAUUCAAUAACUUUGAUGAAUAAUUUAUGUUGAGGUGUACGUGGAAAUAUGCUUUGAUAAAUGAUCCAUUCGUGUCUUUCGGUCUCUUGUUUGGCCAUUCAUCGAUGAUGUCGAUGACACCAUUUGGCUUCUUGUCUUGUACGUAAAAAAAAUGAAUAUUUUGUAAUAAAGCUAAUUGAAAAAUUCUUAUAAAUUAAAAUUAAAUUUAUUAAAUUCGUAAUUCCAUUGAAGGGGCUAAAAAAAUCAAUCGUUAGAAAAGGAACGUUAGAUUUCUGGCUAAAUACGAGUAUAUUACAUAAAUCAGUAAUAAUUUUUAACACUUAGAGGAUCGACCUUAUUUUUCUCUCAAAAGAAAAUGUUCUUCCAAGUUUUCUUUAAGCGAACUUGAAGAAAUGGAACUUCCCUACAUAAAGAUGUAGAAUUUAUCACGAAAUAUUAAGUAAAUUUUAAUUCUGUGACGCUUGAAAAAAGAGGAAUUGGCCACUUUGUCCAGCAAAAUCCUCCAAGGGUUAACACAAACUACUUAAUAAAAUACAUUGCACAACAAUCCUGUCAUUGGGAAGCAGCAGAUGCGUUUUCUACUUCGAGGAAACCUCAUUUUUUUUAUCUGGGUGUGCAAAAUCACGAGAUUUUCUGCAAUAACAUUUAAUUCUCAAUGACUUCCCUUGGAAUGCGUCAGCGAAUCUUUUAUUGUGGACAAACAAGAAAACUGAGAAAAAAGGUUAACAUAGAAAAGCACCAAUGGAGAAUGAUUAAUUCACUGUAUAAAGCAAAAAAAAACAGCCACACAAUACUUUUUUUUUAUCAAUCUCUGUGGUUCUUCUAUGCAAAAAAAAAGCUGAUAAAGUGCGGGAGAACCGCAGCUUGGUGGUGGUUUUAUUCUUAUCAAAUAUAGGUCAUGGUUGGGACUUGCGAAAGAAUAAAAAAAAAUGGCAAUAAUAUCGACAGCCAAUCCAUUUGAGUUUAUCAAUGAAGGAGGGGGGACAGGGGGAGGGGUAUGUAUUAUAUUGUAAUUCAUAUGCAAUCGGAUGUCACAGAAUGUCGCGGUUGGGUGAUAACCUCAUUAAGCUGCCAUCGUGGAGGAUUUAAUUCACAGCAAAAUGCGCGAAAGUGCGUGAUUGAUUGAGGAAAUUGUAAAAAGGAUUUCUCUCAUUUGGACAUGUAAGUCCAAUUAUAAUAAUGUUUGAAUGUCUAAAUGCAAAAUAAUCUCACGAUAUGGUGUUGAUUUCUUCACGUCCAUUUUGCCAUUUCAUCGCAUUCUUUGUCACUAAAUCGCGCAAUUGCUUUAGUUUGUUCAUUUAAUAAACAUUCCGCACACCCGAGCUGGACUUUUAUCUUUCCCCUCCUUUGAUAUAUAUUUUGUUUAUCUCUACUUAUAUACACACACUCAUAUAUGUAUUUCUACGCAUUGAUACCAGUUUUUCAUCGCAAACUGCGAAGGAAAUAUUUAUUAUAUUGAUUGUGGCAAUAAAUCAAAGAAUUGCCUGAGAAAAUAUCAACUUUUGCGCGGUGUCCGUUGAAAAUCUUCGCGAGUUUUUUUUUUUAUUUCUUUUAGUAAAACCGAUAAAUCACAAAUAAAGUUGGUGAAAAUGCUGGUGCAAAAAUUUUGCUAGAAUACCAAGAAUCCGCAGCUUUAUGAAACUCCACUGAAAUACUUAAACAAUAUUUUCCUUCUAAAUGCAAACAACCAUCAAAUGUGGAGAGCCCACGCGCAAAUGUUGAGCAAAAUGUUGAUAAAUUGAAAAAAGCUCCUGAUACGCUUAAUCUUCGGUCGCGCCCAAGCAUUUUACCUCCCACAGAUCCACUGAGAGGAGUGAAUUUAAUGACUAAUUUUACGAUAGGAAUCGUCUCAUUAAUCGACAAUUUCCACCGCGCGCGAGGUUGGAUGCACAGCCCAUUCUAAAAUGCACCACCACCGCGCAUAGAAAUUGCAUCAAAUCGGCAUUUUCACUCGGCGUUGUCGCCUCUUUUUUUUUGCCCUGCGCUCCGCCGUACAUAAAACACACCUGCACACAUUUAAUUAAAUCACUUUGAUCUAUGCUCAUUAUACCGGAUAUACAGCAUGAUCGCAGCAUGAUCUAUCUCUGUAAUUGGUUAAUGCACUUUCAGUGCACUUGCAUUUGCCUUUUCGACACAUAACGUGCGCGCACCCAAGAGCUAUGUGGAGAUGACCGGGAAAUUAAUGGGAUGAGAAAGUUCCUCAAUGAGCCUCUCCUAUCGACCUAAAACCACCUGGUAGACUUCAUUGGCAGGCACUUCAUUACGCCUCCAUAUUUGUGGUUAUGAGUAAGAUUUUUCUUUAUUAAAUAAAAAAAAAAAUAUUGCAGAAUAUUCCGCAUUUUUAUCUUCAUCGAUAUUUAGUUAUUUGUAAAGGUCAAUUAAAUUUUAUUUUGUUGUAAUUUAUUGUCUAAUUAUUGCCACAAUAUUUUAAAGUCUUUUUAAUGUAAAAUUUUGUAUUUAAAAAAAUUUUUUAAAAUAUUUUACAAGUUUUUUUUAAAUUAAACAUUUUCUAGGCUAUAUGGAUCCGAAGUGAAUCCAAGAGCCGCAAAAAUUUAAAAUGGAGAAGAAAUAGAAGAAGAAGAAACAUUUUAACAGAAUAUUGCAAAAUAGUGUCAAAUAUUUAGCAAAAAAUUACAAAAGACUUCUUCCCUAAUUUUUUCGCUUUAUGUGAAUCGAAAAUUAAUUUCUUCUAUGCUCAAAGAUCAAAUCUUUUAGAUAACUAAAAGAAUAAAUUAGAUAUAUUUUUAGCUAUAAUUUAUUCAUUAGCCAUUGUUUUCACGAAAUCUCCUGGAUUAAUUGACCAAUUUAAAAUUUAAAUUUUCUUAAUACAUAAAAUAAUCUAUGUAUAUGUAGAUAGUGUAUCCUUUGAAAAUGGAAGAUGAAUAAAAUAUGACUUAAUAUAGAUGAGGGGGGUGGGGGGAAUUUAGUGCAAUUAAACGUUGCACCGUGGGUGCCAUAUUAAAUGGCUGUGCCCAGAAAUCAUUGGAGAUUGAGGCGGUGCUCUGGGUGUAGAAAAAGCCCCAUUUGCACAUAAUAUUUUACUCUUCUGGGAGGUUAAAAUAUCAAUGUUUGUGGGUGGGGAAGAAUUUAUCGUGUGUCCAACUUGCGUGAUCGUAAAUCCCUCAAAAGCGCACCGCGCUGCGAUUUAAUUCAAUGAGUAAAGAUUUUUGCCAUAAGCAAAGGAAAUCCUCUUCAGUGUAUUUCGGGAAAAUUCCUUGUGAUCUUUCCGGGAAAUUCUUUGUGUGUGCGAGAGGUGCAAGCGCGCAAUGAUGUCCAUUAGGAGGAUGCUGCAACCUGAAGUCAUGAAUCAUACCUUCGCGAUGAUGAAUGAUCGAAUGAGGGCCGAGAAAACUCCUAUUAAACCCAGGGAGAACAUGGCAAUGCAACUCGUGUUUAACAUUCAACAUUAUGCUCUGAUAUUAUGUUUGUUGGGCUCCAUGGAGAGGGAUGCAUGCUGCAUUGACAGGUGAUCUCUUGUAUGUGUGGUAAAAUGUAAAUGAAUGGACUCUACUUCACUGGUGCUACAAUUAACUUUAUGCACGCAAAUCGUAUUAAUCAUCGCGAUGUUUAUGAUUUUUCCCAUAAAUCCUCUAUUUUCGAAUAUAUAUCGCACUUUUGCACACACUCACGUGAAGAAUUGCAUGGGCUUCUGCUAAUAAAUUACUUUGAAAUGGGAAUUUCUUUUCGUUGAGAAUUUUUUCUUAAUGAAUUUUUGUUUAAUUUAUUAGAUUCUGUGUUGUGAUACAUGGGCUUAAUUAUUUUUGGGGUAUUUUCAAAUGAGAUUUUAUUAGCAAGAGAUUUUUUAAGCAUCGAUCUAUUGCACUAAUUUUUUAAAUUAAAAGAAAUUUAAAUAAAAAAGAAUUUAAAAAAGGGAUGAAAAAUAAGAAAGAUUAAUGAAUCAAUUUAUUAAUUCAAUUAAUUUAAUCUUCUUGAAUUAGCAAAUAAAUGAUCAGAUAUUUGUGUAAGGCAGUGCAUAUUCUUUAAAGAAAAAAAAGUAACAUAUAAAGUUCUCAAAUUAAUACUGUAUGUGUCGCACCGCGCUUCUGCUGAGAGGUGGUAGAUAUAGAUAGCUUUGGUGCUGAGUGACUUCUUGGAGGAAAUCAAUUGCGCAGUUUUGACUUACUGAAAGGCAUUAAUGUCACAUGCGAUCCACUACCAUUAAUUAUUAUUUAUUCAUACUAUAUAACGUAAUUUAUGCGUGAGAUAUGCAAUUUCAUUAUGCAGACAUUUUUCCUCGCAUUUUUUUCAUCGUAAAUCUUGUUUUUUUUUUCUUCUUAAUAUUCUUUUAAUUUGCAUCUUGAUGCUAAUAAAUACCUAUAAAUAAAAUCAGGGGACGGGAAAGAGGUCUCCCUCCAUCUCGAAAAAAAUCAUCUGCAAAUUCCUAAAUUGUUGCGCUUUAAAGUAUUGAAUUACUAAUUGACAUUUGAAGUGCACGAGCGCAGGGAGAAGAGAGGGUGCUGCAUAUCUAUCUUAUAAUAUUAAUAAGUGAUUAAUUGGUUGAGAUACAAGUGUGAGAUUACGAUGAAAAUGAAUGUUUAAUAAGUGGAUAUGCAAUCGCGAUCGUUAUGAAUGAAGUGAUCGAUUUCAUAUUAAUAAAUUAAAAUUCCCAUAGGUGUCCGUUUGAAUGAAAAAAAAGUUAUAUAUAAAUGCUACCUGUGUGUGGAUGUUUUUUUUUCUACAUGCUGCAGCAUCAUAAAGAAGUCAUUUAAUGCUUCUGUGGAUGUCAUGAAAUCCCCACAGAAGUUUUCUUAUGAGAAACUAAUAUUAAUUUGAUAGCAUAAUUUAUAGAGUAAUAAUUGAAAAGUUCAUUUCCUCACAAACGACACGUCAGGGAGUUUUAAUCGCAAAAGUUGCAACAACUAAUUAUCUCCGUGGUGGAUUGUAAUUAAUUUCUAAUGUGCGUCACAUGGAGCCAAUGUUUUUUUUAUUUAUAUAUCUAUGCCACCCAACAAAGUGCACCAGCAUGUGCCGCGCGAGUUGCGUUUUGAAAAGCUCUGAAAAAGUCAAGCUCUAUCUCUUCAAAAAGUGGUUUAAUUAAAUUGUCCAUCUAUUGCGAGGUGAAUUAGCAUGGCGCAUGCAGUGUGUGAGACAAUGGAUAUUUUAAAUUAAAUACCUACAUAUAGCAGCAAAAAUUUACAUAUUUGCGAUAUCCCCCGCGAUAUCAACAUUCUAAUUCACACUCUCUGCAUACACUAUUAUGUAUCUACAACUACUAUUAGUUUUUUUUUACUUGUUGAAAUUUUAUUUAUAAAUCAAACACACACCAUUCCACUAGGUCACACACUAUUGAAAUUAAAUUAUAAAGUAUUUUAGUUGGAGGGAGAAUAUCAAGGGGUGUUUGUCUGCUGAAUAUUUUGACUGUUUUGGCGAAUAAUCCGAAGGAAUAAUCACAAAAUUUCCAAAGAUCUAAAUAUUCUCAAUUUCAGAUAAAAUUUAGUACUUUUUCGGCUUGAAUUUUAGUACUUAUUCGGCUUAAAUUUAGAACUUUUUCAGUUAGAAUAUAGUAUAUGUUCGACUAGAAUUUAGCAAUUUAGAAUUAAUUCACUUCUUAAGAAAAAGUACAAAAUUCAAUACUUAAAAGUACCUACUAAAUUUAAGCAUAUAAAGUACUAAAUUGAAUUUCAUUUCUUUGACUAGAAUUUAGUACUCUUUAGAAUUUUGCUCCUACCAAUUUAAGACUAAAGAAAAAAAGAAAUAUUCGUCUGUUGAAUUUUUUGAUUUCUUUAGAGAAUCAUCCAAAUAUUUUCAUUCAGAUAAACACCCCUUGGAGAAUAUACGUUUAAAAAAAACGGCGAGAGAGAUGGCGAAAAAAAUGUCCAACAGUGAAGCAUAAACGGUAAUAGAUCAUGUAAUAAAUCACGUUUAUAUGCAAUACAGAAAAUCGACAAUGUAAUUAUUUAUUGUUGGUGGGCAUUUAAAAACUUCUCAUAAGAGGUUGUUUGUAUUUCACGGUAUAAUUUUAUCGCGCACUCUCCCGCGUUCGCGUUUUAUUGCACGUUAUUCAACGCCAGCUCCUAAUAGAUGCCAGCACAAUGUGUGGAUGGAAUUUUUAAAAUGAAGAACAACUUUGCAACAACAACAAAAAAAACGUCUCUCCGUGGCGAAUUUUAUUGAGUAAGCCCAAUGAGUGAUUUAUUGGUAAAUUUUCUGCGGGAUUUUCAUUUCUUUGAUGGACUGCCAAUGAAGUUUUCCAUGCUGCUUCAACGCUGUGGGACAAUUUCUUGUUAUUUUUUUUCCUCUUUAAUCUACUAAUUUGUUUAAAAGAAAAAUCAUUUAAAUUAGUAAUUUGUUUAGAUAUUAAACUAAUUAUAAAUAGUAAAGAGUUGAAAAAAUAUGCGAGUUCGUUGUAUAGGGCAGCUACUGUAAAUUGCAAUUCGAAUGAAGAGACUAACACACUCCUCAAUAUUUCACACUUUCCUCGUUUUCUUAAUAAAAAAAAUCCUCAAAGUGGGAAAACCACAUCAGAGACAUUAGCGCGGUUGGUCACCUCACUUGGCACUUUGCCCAUUGUUAAUAUUGUGCAGAAUCAAAGAGAGAAAAAAAUCCCAUGCGUGACACGAACGUGCGGAAAAAAAGAUAUGGAAGAGUGAUGAAAUGAUUGCCCAUUUGCAACUCAUAAUUUUCUAUACUUUUCAUCUUUGCACAUCGUGUCAAAUUCACGGUCAACAUCGUGCCUAUGACCAGAAGUCAGUGUUAUGUAUGUUUUUUUUUUUGGGUGAGAGGUCACUGACCUUACAUCUUGCACGUGACUGUAGAUAAAUCAUUUAUAGUUAAUUGAAAGUGAAAAUUAUUUGAUUUUUGGUGCGUGCCUCUCUGGGCAAGUCUCUGGGUCACGCGGUGGUGGUAUACCAAAUUGAAAUUGACUUUUUAUUAUUAUGCAUCUGUGUGAGUUGAACUUUUGCGUGUCACCAACAAUCGUGCGCAAUUAAAAAUGAAAUCUCUAUAAUUAAAAUUGAUUCAUGUUGCCAUAAUGUUUAAUUUUAAAUUUUUUCGGUGUGAAUUUAUAUGUUAUUGUCACUGCGAUACAAGACAUAAUUUAUGGGCUUAAUUUUGUCCAGGGAGAGAGAGAGAGGUGUGUGUGUGAGAAGAGAUGAAAUUACAGUGGAGACAACUACCCGGCGCCUCCACUGAAAUUUGCAAAUUUUCGUUAAAUCCUCCCUUUUUUGGUACCUACCAUUAAAAAUAUGCGGGAAAUAGCAUUGAAUUGUGGCCAUGUAUACGAGCACAUAAAUUAAUUAGAACUCUGCCCUAAAUUCUCGUGGAAAUUUUUGAAAGAAAUAAAAACUAAUUUUGUAUUCCGGACACGUCGAAGUUGCGGAAAAAUCAGACGCAAUUAAUCGGGUAAAAUCUCACGCGAUUUGCGUUUCGCAGAAUUAUUUUCUCCAUUGCAAAUUAAUACCCCCGGAUGAUGACAUCAGAAAUAAUGUCUGUUUCUGGGGAUUUAGACAGAAUUAAAGGAAAAAAGAAACUGCAAGAAAUGGCAUAUGUGUGUAUAUGUUAAUUUUGAUCGUUAAUUAAUAUGCUUGGUGCAUUGGGAGGUAAUUAACAGGCUAAUAAAUUCAAUUAAGAUCACAUGGAGGGAAAUGUUUGACUUGCAUUGCCACAUUUAAUGACAACCAACAUCAACCCGAUAGAAUGCAUUUUGCAAUGUGAUGAAUGUUUGUUGUGUACUGUAUAUAUCGUACUCAAUCAAGCCCAUUCAUUUGUGGCUUGAGGUUGCAAAAAAAGAAGCAGCGGAUGGAUAUAAAAUGCAAAAAAGAAAUUGAUAUCACAACACGUAGCUUUCUCUCAUCUUGAUCAAUGCAAUUUUUGCAAUGCAUUUUUAUGGGUUUCUGCCCAAUGUGAAAUUCAAUGCGUCUCCGUGAAAUUUACUUUAGGUGCAGCAGCUUUUGUGAUCAGUUUAAUCAUUUUUUUUUGUUAAAAAUCACAACGUAAUUUUAUUAACAAAACUCUUUUUUUUUUAAAUUGCUUGCUGACUAAUUUUUAUAUCUUUCGCAAUCGUUUCUUUGCACCUUUACGUUUCACACAGCAGAAUCUUGAUUAACAUCCCUUCGCGUUGCGCGUCGGUAAAUGAUUGACAGUGAUGCUGGGGAGGUGCAAGAAAAAAAAGUAUGUAGUAGUAGAAAAUGAAACCCAUGAAUGGUAAUAAAAGAGAAAGAGAAGUCAAUUUAUUCAGCGAUCUCAUUACAAACUCCUAUGAAUCACGAUAAUGCUAAAUUAUGCAAUUCAUGUGCAUUGCUCAUUUACGCAGAAAUAUGGCUGCGAACCGUGGUGGGUUCAGUUGCCCAAGAGAGAGUGAGAGAGAUACCCCUGAGACGUGGCUUUUGCUAUAUACAUACAGAUGUAACAUAUAUAAUUGCAGGGUGGAAUUUUGAGAAAAGCUCUCGCGAAUAUCUUGAAUUGGCAUUGAAGUACCCAGAGAGAGAAAAAAAAUGCUUCAUUAUUUUCUCGAUCGUCUUAUUGCCAUCAUUCGUCAUCCUUCAUUCCGUUCCAUUUGAUGGAAUUUUUAACAACUUCUUUUCAUUUCAUGUCUUUUCUUUAUCUCAUUUUUUUUUCUUCUUCGUCUUUUCCUCAAGAUAUAACUUCCCUCCGUGUGUCAAAAAAUGCGCCUCAUCAUGUUGCGCGUCAAAUGACGGUGCUCAAGAAUAAUUUUUGCAGCAUGAUUGAUGGGCUUUGCACUGAAAUCUGAUUUAUAAACAUCUCUUGUGGCUGUUUAAAAAUAAGAAAGAAAUUUGUGGCAAAUGUGCAAAAAUUUCACCUCAUCUAUCAAAACACCUCACGGUGAUUUUCAGUAGCAAAUAAUUGCCUCUCGAUCAGGCUAAGUUCAUCGCGAUGUUGACCACUCAAUCAUAUCAUUAAUAAAAGUAAAUUUUAUUUAUUUUUCUUUUGCAAUUUGGCUGCAUUUUGAUCCCAAAUGCACAAGACGUGGGACGGAGAUGCGUGUACAUGAUGGCGACUUCUGUGGUCACAGAUUAAUUGAAUGGAUUAAUGUCAUAUAACAUGUCAAAUAAUAAGACUAAUUUCACUCAAUACUCCAUUUUUGCCAUUUUUCAUCGCACCAUGUCACCAACUAUGGAUAAAUGUAAUUGCAAAAAAAUGUGAGAUAUCAUAAACUUUUCACACCUCUUGCUGAUUCCUCGCAGAUUAUAUUUCUUUGACAUUAAUUAUUGCUUUUAAUUCUCACGCCUCGGCGUCCUUUCAACUCUGAAAUAAUCUCAUGAGUGUCCAUCAAAGGAGAGUACAUAAUUAUAAUUUGUAAAUUACCACCGUAUAGAGAACUUCUUAAAUGUGACUAUCAAAAUUUUGGUAGAGUCCACACCGCAUUACUAAAGGGGUUGUUAAUUAAUUAAUAAAAAAGUCAUUUAUUUUCAUUUAAAUCUCUUUUAGCGGCGUAGUGAAAAAUCUAUUCUAAGAAUUUCGUAUUUUUAAUUUUUUUUUUAAAUUUGUAAACCUUAUGAAUUAAAAAAAAAACGACAACAUUUUUUUUAAACAAAUGUUUGACAUUUCUCUUCUAACGUUUGAUGUUAGUUUUUUUUUAAGGUUAUACGAUUUAUUUAUUGUUCUUUCUGACCUUUGACAUUCGUUUAAACGUCAGACAUUUUUUCCAUGUUUGAAGUUUUGUUACAUAGUGUGACUUUUAAAGUUUCUUUUUUAUUUUUUGUCGUUUCUUUUCUAACGUUUGACAUAAGUUUUAAAGUUUGACGUUUUUUUUAACGUUUGAGGUUUCAAAAAUUUCGUAAUAAUUUUCUAACGUUUGAAGUUUUUUUUAACUUUUGCCGUUAUUUUUCUUUUAAUUUUAACGUUCCUUCUCUAAGUUUUGACGUUUUAAAAGUUGGCUGUUGCUUAUCUAACGCAUAAUAUAUUUUAUAAAAGUUUUAAAAUUUCUUUUCCGAAUUUAUUUGCCGUUUUUAGCAUUAAAGUUAAUUGUUUUGUCAUCUAAACUUUAGGUUCUAAAGAAAAAUCUGAAAUUCCUAAUUUUUUAUGAGGUGUUUAAACAUCAAAAAGAAACACACCUAGCUAUGUUCCUGGUCUCCUUUUCAUUAAAAAAAAAAUUUUGAUGGAAAAAACUAUGCUUUUAUACGUGAUUUUCGUGAUUCCAUUAUAUUCAUUAAUUUUUUUACAUUAUUUUAAAAAUAUUCCCUAAACAAGAAUAAAACUUUUUAAGCUGCAAUUGUUAGCCCUUUUGCACCGAAAAUGCCUGCGCGAAUUCUUCACGUUUAAAAAGAAGUACACAACAAGAAUCUUGCGCGCGAGUUAAGCAUGUUUGAAGAAGGAAAAGUUAUUUUGAAUACAAUUGCUGUGUGUCAAGAGGUAAAAAGAUGAAGAAAAAAAAUUAACCAAGACUUUGGUGAGCUUGUGAGGAGGUACAGAGAGUCGAAAAAAAAGAGAGCGUCGUGCAAAAACCACGUCAAGACCACAUGUCAAUGGCUUGAGGAGAGGUUCAUUGAAGAAAAAAGACAAGUACGUUGAUCUCUGAAUUUUUUGGGAUCUUAAUUUGAGAAGAAAAUUCUCUGCAAAAGGGACGAAUUUUCACGGCGAAUUCUAACGUGGGGAAGAGAACAGGUGAUCGUGCGGGAGCAUAGGUGUGUAUGGUUGGGUAUUGUUGGUGAUCGUGCUUGGAGAGAACAUUUUUUUUUGCAAUAUAAAUUCGCAAUGGAGUGUUUAUGUGAAUACAUACAGGCUUGGCGCACGCAUACAGAGCCGAGGCCAAGAUCGUGCAGCAGUGCUGUUUGACAUAAUUCCACUUGUCUGAAAAGCACAGCACAGUUCUACGCCAGUCUCUGCAACGCAAACAUUUAAUUAUAAUACCGCGCAAAAAUUGACCACUUUCCGUGCGGGAAAAGACAUUAAUUUGAUUGCAAAUUUAUCAACUGCUACAAUUGUGUGACAAGUGCCAUUUUCCACCCAACACGGGGGGUGGGCUUAAGAAAAUUGUACCGUCAGUGCGGGGAAAACGUCCCCCAACUUUGGUUUUUCCACGUAAAACAGAGUGAAUGAGAAAAAAAAAACUAAAUUACUUACUCGUGAUCUUGCAACUGAGCUUUUCGUUUAUUCUUCUUAUUGUUCCCCCCUCAGGAAUAUUUUACUGCAACUGAUGCAUUAAAUUCUUGUGUGCCGAGUUGGUUCUUGUUCAUUCAGAGUAGAGAGUGUGAUUAUUCCUUUGCCCAGAUUGUGCAGAGAAAUUUUAAAGAAAAAGGAAUGAAAAGAAAAAUUAGGCAAAGUGCUACAAAAAUGCUAUAAAGCUGUACACCAAGAACCUUUAAGAAUAAAUCUUGAGAAAGAUUGACAAAAAGAAAAACAACAUAAAAGUGAGUGAGAGAGUUAAAGACUAAUUUUGCAUUAAAAUGCUGGGCUUUUAGCACAACGCUUCCUCCAUUCAACGACGGCUGCUCCCCAAUGGAUGGAAUGAAAUGUCGUGCAAAGUGAAGUUGUAAAGGAAGUGUGGGUAGAAAAAGAAGAAAAAGAAGAAAGAAAGAAAGAAAAGAAGGAAUAAAAGGGACUCUCAAGAUGGAAAGGUGUGAUAUGACUUUGCUGAAAGGUGAGAGGCAAUCCCUGGAGGAUACGGUGCUCUCGCUGCGGUGUGAAUUGCGGGUACUUUAUGAGAAUUUGCGCGACAAGAAUGACCAAUUGGCCAUUUUGGAGCGCGACGUGCGUAUCCUGAAGCGCGAAAAUGAGCAUCUACGGGGGCGUACGGGUGACAAAAAUGGGUGCUGCGUGGUGAAAAGUUCCUCGGAGUUGAGUGACGAUGUGAUAAGGCGCCUGAGGGAGGAGAUUGCUGAUCGUGAUCGUGCAAUUGGUGAUCUCAAUGCAUCCGUGAUGCGACUAACGCGGCAGUUGGCACAGUGUCAGGAUGGGGUGCACAGCAAGGAGGAUGAAAUUAUGAAGUUGCAGAAUGAAAUUGAUAUAUUCCGCCAAGUUGUGCGCCCCCUUACGCAGAAAAUUAUUGAGAGUCGCCGUUCGGAGGGGGCGUACGAUUGCUGGAGUGCCGGCGUUGAGUCCACGCGUGUUAUCUCCCUCUUUGAGCCACGCAUCAAGAGGACUGCCAUCAGUGCUGAACCACUUUCUGCCUUCUCUGGCGGCGAAGGGGAUUUGGUGAAGAUCCCAAAGGCCCACCAAUCACGCGAGCUCAUAAAAUCCGCCAUUCUGGACAAUGACUUCAUGAAGAAUCUGGAAAUGAUCCAAAUAAAGGAGAUCGUGGACUGUAUGUACCCCGUGCAAUAUGCGGCAGGAAGUUUAAUCAUCAAGGAGGGAGAUGUGGGCAGUAUCGUGUAUGUUAUGGAAGAGGGACGUAUUGAGGUAUCACGCGAGGGAAAAUAUCUAUCAACACUUUCAGGAGCAAAAGUACUUGGUGAACUUGCAAUUCUCUACAAUUGCCAACGGACAGCCACAAUAACCGCCGUGAAUGAUUGCAAACUAUGGGCAAUAGAGAGACAAUGUUUCCAGACAAUUAUGAUGAGGACUGGCCUCAUUCGCCAAACAGAAUACACAGAUUUCCUCAAAAGUGUGCCGAUCUUCAAGAAUUUGCCCGAGGAUACGUUGAUCAAGAUCUCGGAUGUGCUGGAGGAGACGUACUACCAGAAAGGUGACUACAUUGUACGCCAAGGUGCCCGUGGGGAUACCUUCUUCAUCAUUUCCAAGGGUCAGGUGCGUGUCACAAUUCGCCAGCCGGACAGCCAGGAGGAGAAGUUUAUCCGUUUACUCGGCAAAGGGGACUUCUUUGGCGAGAAAGCCCUCCAUGGUGAUGAUCUCCGUACUGCAAAUAUCAUUUGCGACUCCUCAGACGGGGUGACGUGCCUUGUGAUCGAUCGCGAGACCUUCAAUCAGCUCAUUUCUAAUUUGGAAGAAAUACGCCACAGAUACGACGAUGAAGGGACAAUUGAGCGAGAAAGAAUUAAUGAAGAAUUCCGUGAUAUAAAAUUGACGGAUUUACGUGUGAUCGCAACCCUCGGAGUUGGGGGUUUUGGACGAGUGGAACUUGUUCAGGUGAAUGGUGAUCAGUCGCGAUCGUAUGCCCUUAAGCAAAUGAAGAAGGCACAGAUCGUUGAGACGCGCCAACAGCAGCAUAUCAUGUCGGAAAAAGAGAUCAUGGUUGAGGCCAAUUCGGACUUUAUCGUGAAGCUCUUCAAGACAUUUAAAGAUCGCAAGUAUCUGUACAUGCUGAUGGAGAGCUGCCUGGGUGGUGAAUUGUGGACAAUCCUGCGGGAUAGGGGACACUUUGAUGACGCCACAACACGCUUUUACACAGCCUGUGUCGUUGAAGCCUUUGACUAUCUUCAUUCCCGGAACAUUAUCUACAGAGAUCUCAAGCCAGAGAAUCUCCUGCUGGACGUUCAGGGAUACGUGAAAUUGGUGGACUUUGGCUUUGCGAAGAAAUUGCAGAGUGGCCGGAAAACGUGGACUUUCUGCGGCACACCGGAGUACGUGGCACCGGAAGUGAUCCUCAAUCGUGGGCAUGACAUCAGUGCUGACUACUGGUCCCUUGGCGUCCUUAUGUUUGAACUCCUCACCGGGACACCGCCCUUCACAGGCUCCGACCCAAUGCGGACGUACAAUAUCAUCCUCAAGGGGAUCGAUGCAAUUGAAUUCCCGCGCAAUAUCACACGGAAUGCCAGUGCAUUGAUCAAGAAGCUCUGUCGGGAUAAUCCAGCUGAACGACUUGGCUACCAACGGGGAGGAAUUAGUGAGAUCCAGAAGCACAAGUGGUUCGACGGAUUUUACUGGGAGGGUCUGCGUAGCCGCACACUGACACCCCCAAUCCGACCGGAAGUGAAGAGCAUCACGGACACCACGAACUUCGACGUGUAUCCACCUGAUCCGGACGGACCACCGCCGGACGACCUCACUGGCUGGGACAAUGACUUCUAGCAGAGCUCCCCUAGCUGCAUUAGACAAUUUAACCGCGUUUUGCGGGCGCCACAGCCCUCCCCCCCCCCAACUUGUCUGUUUCACUAUCUUUUGCUCGUUGUAAUUUGUGUACAUUCAUAGUGUUAAAAAUGAAUUAAAUUUUCAUAAUACAGCAAAA